CUCAUACCAACCAACCAAGCCUGCUGCGUCCUGCUCAAAAUAUCCUGUCCUCUCCUGGCUCUGUGCCGAGUCCACAGCAAUCAACACGGACACAUGCCUACAACCUUGCACUCUCACUCUAUCAUCGCAUACUCUAGCGAGGCGAUAUCACAGUCGACCUCCUCGGAUCGCGUUCUCUGCCUGUUGCUUUCGCCAUCCCGCCUUCCUGGAGAGCAUGCACCGUCACUGUUGACAGCCUCGAUUUUCAUGCACAUGUCUUGAAUACCAACAUUUGCAGCUUCAGGCGCACCGGCCUGGCCUUUCUUCUUCCGCCAUGGGCCUCCUCUCCUUCUUCCGAGCCACCUACGAUCUCGAUACCCUCGACACUCGCUUUACCAACUCCUCCUCGACCCCCUACAGCGCCGUCAUAGAAGCCCGAAACGACCCAGCCUCGAGCAAGGAGAGAGCUGCCAAGUGGAGUGGUCAAGCCCAGCCCUCGAAAUGGCAUACCCCGGAGUUCAUCUUCUACCGUGUAUUCAUGCUCUGCGUCCUUCCUUACAUGUUCUGGAUCGCCUACGAUGCCUCGAGAACGACGGACCCCAAAUAUGCCAAGUAUGAGCACUUGCUCGCUCCGGGAUGGAUUCCUGGCCGCAAGAUCGACACCUCCGAUUCCCAGUACCACACCUUCCGAUCCAAUCUACCGUAUAUGGCCGCCUUGCUUGUCCUACACCCGCUUCUUCGCCGGCUCUAUAUCGCAAUCGUGUACCGAUCGAGUUCGGCGGAGCGGUCGUCGCGGCCCACGCCAGAGGAGGCAGACCAACGAUUGAAUCAACGGGCAACUUUUGACUUCGGUUUCGCACUCAUAUACCUCAUUGCGCUCCACGGGAUUUCCAUUGUUAAAAUCCUCGCGAUCCUCUAUGCGAACUACCAGAUCGCGGCAGCAUUACCUCGAAAAUUUAUACCCGCCGCGACAUGGGUGUUCAACGUAGGUAUCCUAUUUACCAAUGAUCUAUGCAAGGGGUACAGAUUGGGGGAUUUGGCUGUCUGGAUCUCGGGUCCCCCGGUUCAUAGCUCGCUCAUAGAUUCUGAUCCCGCAUUGGUAUCCUGGGGUAGGUGGGUCGAUAGUUAUGGCGGUCUCAUGAGCAGGUGGGAGAUCCUCUUCAACCUUACCGUCUUACGCCUGAUCAGCUUCAAUCUGGACUACUACUGGAGCCUCGAUCGCAGGAGCUACAGCCCCAUCGAGAAGCAAGUCGACCCGGCUUCUCUGAGUGAACGGGAUCGCGUACAGAUCCCGGCGCAAGCCAAGGACUACUCGUUCAGGAACUAUCUCGCGUAUGCCAUCUACGCACCCCUAUAUCUAACGGGCCCGAUCAUCACUUUCAACGACUUCAUCUCUCAGCAGCGGUACAAGCCCGCCACGAUCGAAACCCCGCGCACGAUCCGCUACGGAGUGCGCCUCCUCCUCACCCUGGUCGCCAUGGAAGUGAUCUUGCACUACGACUACGUGCAGGCCAUCUCGAAAGCGGCCCCGGUGUGGGCCGAGUACACGCCCGCCCACCUAGGCCUGUUCAGCUAUUUCAACCUGCAUCUCAUCUGGCUAAAACUGCUGCUGCCGUGGCGGCUCUUCCGGCUCUGGGCGCUCGUUGACGGUAUCGACCCACCCGAGAACCUGGUCCGGUGCGUCAGUGACAAUUGGAGCACGUUGGCCUUCUGGCGCAGCUGGCACCGUAGCUUCUACCGCUGGUCCCUCCGCUACAUCUACGUGCCCCUCGGAGGCUCGAGCUUCCGGAACCUCCGCGAGGCGGCCCGGUCCGUGCUCACCUACGUGCUUGUCUUCACCUUCGUGGCCCUCUGGCACGACAUCCAGAUGCAUCUCCUCAUCUGGGGCUGGCUCGUCGUCUUCUUCAUGCUACCCGAGAUGGUGACCGGCUUCGCCUUCCCCAAGAGGAACUGGGAAGGCAGACCCACCGCCUACCGCAUGCUCUGCUGCGUCGGCGCUGUGGGCAACGUGCUGAUGAUGAUGACAGCCAACCUAGUCGGCUUCGCCGUCGGCGUAGACGGUUUGAAGAGCAUCAUAGCAGGCAUACUGAGAGAUUUCUCUGGGUUCGCCUUCCUGAUGGGGUCCUUCUCGGUAUUGUUCGUCGCCGUGCAAAUCAUGUUUGAAGUCAGGGAAUCGGAGCUGAGGCGCGGUAUCAAUUUGAAAUGUUGAUCUUGGGAGACCGUUCAACUUUUGACAUAGCUACUACAUACGUAAUAGGUCUGGUACUACUAAUAUCACUUACCCCCUCCUGUACGAAUAAGAAGACGGAAUUAUGAAGUAUUCGACCGGAGUCCCUUUAUACAAUGUAGAUGAUUAUAU